CUAGCUAGUUAACGUUCCCUCCCAGAAACUUAGGACAUGGCGAGUAACAUUCAAUAGUGCUGGCUAGCAACUGUUUGACCUGAAGCCAAACACGACUUUGUACGUCAUUAUCAAAUGAAUAAACGUUUCUGAACAGUGGUUUCUUCUUUGGGUUGUGCCCUAUAGCGCACUUCCCGAUGAUAAUUCCACAUCCAUCAGCAACUUUGCGAACUAACGUUACCUCGUACGUGUCGCAGCACAUUUAACAAGAUCAGCUAAAUUAUUUAACAUUCGUCGUCGUCGCCUCUGCCAUUCCUCCUUUUUCUGUGAUCCUCCGUGUUCCUACCCUGCUGUAUGGCGUGGGUCUGCUGUCGCUUCUGUCUCCGCUGAAGUUCUGUCGACUCCUCAUGGGCCCGGAUCCGCCUGUUCGGCCUCCAGAGACAGCUCCACCGGGUCGGCCUCCACUCCCACCUCGACCCGAUGAUCCUCGGCUGCGGCCUCCUCGAUUUCCGCGGCCACCUCCACCUUUCUUACUUUGUUGAAUAAUGUCAUCCAAAGACAUAUCCAUCUUAUCAGCCAUGGUGGCACUUGUCGUGUUAGAGAUCACCAAAUAAUUGGAAAAUUAACUUUAAUAAUUACGUUUUUGGUAGCAAAAUCUAGCCGCUUUCCUCCGUGCUAAUCAAUGGCGAAAAGCUAAAGUUUAAGUGACGUUAGUGGGCUUAAAAAUAAUUGUAGGAAGUGACGUAAAUGCAUUCUUACUACCAUUUCCGUUCGAUUUAGCGCGUCUUUCGCGACCAACGUCCUCUCUCCUGCUGUAUUGUGCCUCUAUCCAGCAUUGCAAUCAUAAAGGUUCACGGGAGAUGAAGGUUAAAAUCAAGCAGUGGAACGGCGUGGCAUCCUGGCUGUGGAUGGCCAAUGAUGAGAACUGUGGGAUCUGCAGAAUGUCUUUUAAUGGCUGCUGCCCAGACUGUAAGGUUCCUGGAGAUGACUGCCCGUUGGUCUGGGGCCAGUGCUCCCACUGCUUCCACAUGCACUGCAUCCUCAAAUGGCUCAACUCCCAGCAGGUUCAGCAGCAGUGCCCCAUGUGUCGGCAGGAGUGGAAGUUCAAAGAAUGAGCUCAUCCGGAGAACGCCACUUGAAUGCCCUUUCAAAGACUGAGACUGAUGCGUCACAAUCAGAGAAUUCUAAUAAAUAUGCUUCUGUUCUUUUGUUGUACAUUUCCAGCUACUUUGUUUUUCUCUGAGGCUGUCAUUGUUUGUAUUAUGUGGAGGGGUGUGUGAAUAACAAUAAAUGUGAAGAAAUGUGAUUAGGA